AUGGCCCUCUCCUUCCCCUCCGUUCACGAGACGCUGGGUGCCGCCUUGAUUGGGUUCUGUCUCGCCUGCGCGGUCUUUGGCAUUUUCACCACUCAGGUCUUCAUCUACUACCGGCAGUUCUACCAAGACAAGAAGGCCUACAAGAUCCUGUGCUAUGGUACGCCCGCUUGGAAAUCCCCGAACUUACUCUACCUUCAGAAGCUCACGGAGAAUGCCAGGAUACUGGAAUUCAUUGACCAGAUAUUCAUCGGCUACGCGGUUUAUUACUACAGCAUAUCAAACUAUGGCAAGGUCUUGGUCUUGUUCACGGAGGACAUCGUUUGGCCAUUGAUUGCUCAAGUUAUCGUCGGGAACUUGGUCGGAACGCUGGUCAAAUGUUGCUUCGCCCUGCGGGUAUGGCGCUUCAGCCAUCGCAACAUGCUCAUUACAGGCCCUAUCUUCGUUCUCAUCCUCGUCCAAGCAGGAUGCGCCAUUGCUUAUUGCGUUAGGAGUUUCCAACUGAACAAGUUGCUCUUCGCUUCGCGGCUUCGGGUGGUUGCUAGCGUCGCCUUGGGAUCUGGAAUGGCCACAGAUGCCUUCAUCGCAGUUGCCCUCUGCCUACUCUUGCACAGACUACGGACCGGCUUUUCUUCAUCUGAUUCACUCAUCAAUACACUCAUUGUCUAUGCGGUUAAUACUGGAGCCUUGACUGGUUUCAUCAGUUUUGUUACUCUCCUCGUGUACAAUGUCUUCCCCAAUUCCUUCUACUUUAUGACCUUCUAUUUCCUCCUCGGCAAACUUUAUGCAAUCUCGCUUCUUUGCACCUUGAACACUCGACGUUCAAUUAGGGGCAAGGGAACAGACCAAGCUGAACCACCGACUGUGAACACGUCCGGUCAUCGCCAUAACGGAGUUUACUUGGUUUCCCCAACGGCGAGUCGACACAAAACCCCUGUCCACUACCCAAGCAGCAGUAAUCAUAACAAUCACAUGAAGAGCUUGGAAAUCGGUGUUCACCAAGAGGUGUCUGUCUCGAUGAUGGAUAUCGAACGCAACAUGAAUGGUUUGAGGCGAUAA